CAGGCAUCAUGUUAUAUUUCUUGUACCUUGUUCUUUUGCUUGAUUUUAAAAAUGUACCUCAAGUUGAAGCUACUGUGAGGUUGGUGAAUGGUUUCAACCGAUGUUCUGGCCGAGUGGAGGUUCUCUAUAAUGGUCAAUGGGGAACAGUGUGUGGUGAUUACUGGGAUCUAUCAGACGCUGCAGUGGUGUGUAAAGAAAUGGGAUGUGGGGAUGCUACAGAGGCAAAGUCUAGUGCUUAUUUUGGACAAGGUACCGGAAAAAUAUGGAUGGAUAAUGUAAACUGUGUUGGCACUGAGUCUUCCCUGAUCAACUGUGGAAGUGCUGGGUGGGGAGUAACCGAAUGUGGACAUGGUGGAGAUGCUGGAGUCAUUUGUCAAGACUUAGUUAGGUUGGUGAAUGGCAUGGACUCUUGUUCUGGACGAGUGGAGGUUUUUCAUGAUGGUGAAUGGGGAACAGUGUGUGAUAACGGCUGGGAUCUGUCAGAUGCUGCAGUGGUGUGUAGAGAGGUGGGCUGUGGAAAUGCUCGAGAGGCAAAGAUUGAUGCUUAUUUUGGUGAAGGUCCUGGACAAAUAUGGAUGGAUGCCACACAAUGUACUGGAAGUGAGACAGCACUGGAGAGCUGUAACUCAACAAAAUGGGACAUAGAGAGCUGUACCCAUUCAGAAGAUGCUGGAGUCAUCUGUAACCCUCCUGUUAGGUUGGUGAAUGGCAUUAACUCAUGUUCUGGACGUGUGGAGGUUCUUCAUAAUGGUCAGUGGGGAACAGUGUGUAAAGAUUUCUGGGACUCUUCUGAUGCUGCAGUGGUGUGUAAAGAGCUUGGAUGUCCGACCGGUGGUGAAGUGAAAAGCUUUACAUUCUUUGCACCUGGUGUGGGAACGAUAUGGAUGGAUGAUGUUCAAUGUACAGGGACUGAAUUGUCACUAACAGACUGCACAUUUCGUGGAUGGGGAACACACAACUGUGACCAUACGUUUGAUGUUGGAAUCAUCUGUCGAGAUAUUAGACUGGUUGAUGGAUCUAAUCAGUGUUCUGGGAGAGUGGAGGUUUUAUAUAAUGAUCAAUGGGGAACCGUCUGUGAUGCUGGCUGGGAUUUAACAGAUGCUGCAGUGGUGUGUAAUAGCAUGGGUUGUGGGACUCCUAUAGCAGCAGAGACUGGGGCUUUCUUUGGGCAGGGUUCAGGACCCGUGUGGCUGGAUGAUAUGAGUUGUUCUGGGAAUGAGCCAUCAGUGAAAAAUUGUUCAUCAAUGGCAUUAGGAACAAGCACCUGCAGCCAUGAACAAGAUGCUGGAGUCGUCUGUAACCCACCUGUUAGGUUGGUGAAUGGCAUUAACUCAUGUUCUGGACGAGUGGAGGUUCUUCAUAAUGGUCAGUGGGGAACAGUGUGUAAUGAUUUCUGGAACACUACUGAUGCUUCAGUGGUGUGUAAAGAGGUCGGAUGUCCAACUGGUGGUGAAGUGAAAAGCUUUACUUACUUUGGACCUGGUGGGGGAGCAUUAUGGAUGGAUGAUGUUUAUUGUACAGGGACUGAAUUGUCACUAACAGACUGCACAUUUCGUGGAUGGGGAAUACACAACUGUGAUCAUUCAUUUGAUGUUGGAGUCAUCUGUCGAGAUAUUAGACUGGUAAAUGGAUCUAAUCAGUGUUCUGGAAGAGUGGAGAUCUUAUAUAAUGAUCAAUGGGGAACCGUCUGUGAUGCUGGCUGGAAUUUGGCAGAUGCUGCAGUGGUGUGUAAUAGCAUGGGUUGUGGGACUCCUGUAGCUAAAAAAACCGGGGCUUUCUUUGGUCAGGGUUCAGGACCUGUGUGGCUGGAUGGUGUGAGUUGUACUGGGAGUGAGACAACACUUAAAAAUUGUCCUUCAAAUGCAUUGGGAACAAGCACCUGUAGCCAUGGACGAGAUGCUGGAGUCGUCUGCAACCCUCCUGUUAGGUUGGUGAACGGCAAUAAUUCAUGUUCUGGACGAGUGGAGGUUCUUAAUAAUGGUCAAUGGGGAACAGUGGCUUCAGAUUCGUGGGACUCUACUGAUGCUGCAGUGGUGUGUAAAGAGGUCGGAUGUCCAACCAAUGAAGUGAAAAGCUAUGUCUACUAUGGACCUGGUGCGGGUCCAAUAUGGAUGCAUUUACUUGAAUGUACAGGAAGUGAAGUGUCACUAAAGGAGUGCAAAUAUCGUGGAUGGGCAUCAUACACCUAUGAUCAUACAUAUGAUGUUGGAAUUAUCUGUCGAGGUGGGAUAGUGUUUUUUUUUCUUUGCUUUGACUUUGCCAAUCUCUACUUAACCCUUCAAGUGACUCUAGGAUGUUUGUGAUUGCAUACAAAAUUAUCCUGUUUAAAAGAUUAAAGAGCACCUAUUAUGUUCUUUUUGAUGUCUUAAUAUUGGUUUUGUGUUUUUUUUUGUUUGGUUUGUUCAAACAUUACAUACUUUUUCACAUAUUUUUCAUUGUUGUUGCGCCUGACUCUAUAAACAGCCUCUUUGCGAAAUGCUAUGAUUGGUCAAGCUGGGUUUGAGUUUGUUGUGAUUGGCCCAUUGUCAGUCAUUUAGAGGGUGUAUCUGUGAUGCUGUGCCUCUUAUCAAGGGGUGUGCUCUGUUGCAUCAGUGCAAGACACAGAGCUACAUUUAUGGAUUUACCUGUCAGAGUAAAAUAAAAUAAAUAAAUAACUGU